UCCGGAUGGAAGGAAAUCCCCUUCCUUUUUCCGCAGGGGAAGCUGCUGAUGUCUGCUAAUGUGAAGGAGGUGACAUGAUGCUCUCCGUCCCAGCCGCUGCUGUUACUCUCUUGGUAGCCUGGAUUCACCCCAGCUACUCGCUGUAUUUCCAUAUUGGGGAGACAGAGAAAAAGUGCUUCAUUGAGGAAAUUCCCGACGAGACCAUGGUCAUCGGAAAGUACCGGACCCAGCUGUGGGACAAACAAAUCGGUUCCUUCCUUCCAUCUACUCCGGGCCUUGGGAUGCAUGUCGAGAUCAAAGAUCCAGACACAAAGAUCAUCCUCUCUCGUCAGUACGGCUCAGAGGGACGCUUCACAUUCACCUCUCACACUCCUGGAGAGCAUCAAAUCUGUUUGCACUCAAACUCAACAAAGAUGGCUCUGUUUGCUGGAGGAAAGCUGAGAGUCCAUCUAGACAUCCAGGUUGGAGAACACACCAACAACUACCCUGAAAUCGCAGCAAAGGACAAACUGACCGAGCUGCAGCUGCGGGUUCGACAGCUGCUGGACCAAAUCGAGCAGAUCCAGAAGGAGCAGAACUACCAGAGGUACCGGGAGGAGAGGUUCCGCAUGACGAGUGAGAGCACCAACCAGCGCGUCCUCUGGUGGUCCAUCGCUCAGACCUUCAUCCUCAUUGUCACCGGAAUCUGGCAGAUGAGGCACCUGAAAAGCUUCUUUGAGGCCAAGAAACUGGUUUAACAUGUUCUAGGAGAGGAGAUGAACAUGAUGGACUAAACGGGCAGCAGACACAUCUAGGAGGAGAUCCGGUUUUCAGCCAUAAGUGGUACAAGUUAAUCCACAUACAGUCUUAGGAAACAUUGUUUUUAUGUGUAAAUGUUUAGGCACCACUUUCCAGCUGCAUUUGGACUUCAUUGUUUUUGGGACCACACUAAACAUCAGAGGAAAUAACUUCAUAAUCAUGAUUACUUUGGUUCUACAAUGUUGUUGUUAUUGUUUGGUAACUGAUUCAGCUGUGUUUAACCUGAUUAUCCAAUCAUCCUGGUACAGAAGUUGUGGUUACUGGUUGGUUUGGUAUUAUUGGAUGUUUUGCUCCUGUUAAUAUGUGAGGCAGCAAGUAGUUCUUUAAAAUCCGAGACAUCAGAGCUUGACCUGUUGAAUUUCUAAAGUUUCCUCCCCAUCAUGAAACCUUUUCUGAAGCCUCUUUCAGAUCAUCAGUCCAACAUAAACACACAAUCAAUCAAUCCAUCCUGUUUUUACUGCUCAGUUUGUCAUUGACAUCAGACUUGCUGAUCCUGUUAAGAUCAGGUGCUGUGUGUGCCUUCAGGACAUGGGACUGGUAUUGUGGAACCAAAUGGGCAUGGUCUGCAACCUGCAGUAUCAUCCUUAACCAUGUGUGUAAGAUAUGUGUGGGGCCUUUCUCCUAUAUCUGGCUGAGCUCUCGGUUGUCCUCCUUAUGCAGGCAUGCUGAGGCAUUCAUUGAGUUGUUGUUGUGAUCUGCAUCUGAUUUGUUGAUCACCAUCUUUGUCAGAUCUGACAGGUCCUGGAGGAUCAUCUGGUGUCUGCUCCAUUUGCAUCCGUAGACUGUCCUGCUGCUGCGUCCGUGUUGUGUCGUAUCACUAUUGCACAUUGUUUGGCACUCCUGUCUUAUCGAUGCAGUUCAUAAUGGUAACUGGUUUGUGACUACGUCCUACUAAUAUUGGUGGGUCAACUUCACAACCCACCCCCUUCAUCCAUGACGAGAUCUUUCAGCUGAUCGUGCGUACACAGCACCUGAAGAUCAUGGAUUAAAAGGAUGACCUGAAAAUGGCUUAACUGCAUAAAAAUGUGUUUAAAACGUACAUAUUGAUUGUAAUUAAACUCCUGAUAAUUGA